UACUAAGAUGCUGGAGAUACUUCUAUGCACCUUUCACAACUUGAAGAGCUUGACGUUACUUAUGCAUUUCUGUAAACAACCCCCUAUUAUGUUAACCUUAUGCUUACUGAAGAGUGCCCCAAAUCUAGAGAAACUCAGAAUAGAGAUCUUUGAUGAGAAGGAGCAGAUAUUUGAGGCAAAUGGAGAGUUUCUGAAUGCAUUAUGGACUGAUGGCAUGUGUGCCAACCUUCAGGUUGUGCAGAUGAUUGGUAUUACUUGGCGUCCAAAUGAAAUGUCUUUUAUAGAGCUCAUUCUCUCCAAAGCAAGGCUUCUUCAUACUUUAUCAAUCAGUCACGGUGAGCAAAUUGUGAUGUCUAAUGAGGAUGCUCUAAAUGAAUUACUAAGAUACAAAAGAGCGUCAGCUGAAGCUCAGGUCAUAUUUAAAGGUAAAGCUGAAAAAUAUUAUUAGGCCAGAGACCAAUUUCUGGGCAUUGCGGUGACGUGUGGACUGUGGAGUGAGUUCGCUUUUACAAACCUGUUAUACUGUGUGAUGCAAUAUUUUGGAUGAGAAAUGCAGCAUGCAGAGAAUGUGGUCUCAAGAAACUUCAUUUGUAGACCAAAAGGUUCUUGUUAGUACUGUGACUGUUGUGAGACAUUUGUUGUGUGACCUAAUCUAGACCUCUGCCGCAGGGGCGCUCCAUGACCCUGAUUUGCCAA